AUGUAUCACCUGGCCAAGUCGCUGUACUUAGCCGCCACGAGCAAAGAAGAGUACUCUGUCAUUCUGCUUGGGCUAGACAACGCUGGGAAAACCACCCUACUCUCCCAGAUCAAAGCGCUCUAUCAACCCCGUCCCGAAGGUGCCCCCGCGCCCAACCCCGGAAAAACUGUCCCCACCGUCGGUCAGAAUGUCGCAACGAUACCCUUGCACGACAUGAACCUGAAAAUCUGGGAUGUGGGAGGCCAGAUCUCAAUGCGAGGUCUAUGGCAAAGCUACUAUACCAGCUGUCACGCGAUCAUCUUCGUGGUCGACAGCGCGGACGUCGGUCAAGACCCUGACAUCACGCGGCUUGUCGCAAGACGCGCGAGUUCCACUGCUGGCGCGCGUAACACCCGGGGUAACUCAAGCGCAGAAGCUUUCACCGAGGAUAACGUUGGGAUAGGCGCGGCCAGCAGUGAGUUUGGGCGCUUGGACGAAUGCCGACAAGUUUUGGAGUCGGUCCUGCAGAAUGCGGAUGUCGCCGGUGUGCCUAUACUCGUACUGGCGAACAAGCAGGACCGUGAGGACUGCGUGGAAGUGGUUCGCAUCAAGGAGGGCCUUGUUCGGAAGGUAUUCGAGGGAGAAACGGGAGGAGGCGUUCGGGACAGUCGUGUGCUGCCGGUCAGCGCGCUGCUUGGGUCCGGGGUUCAGGCAGCGGUGGAGUGGGUGCAAAGUCGCGUCAAGUGGAAUAAGGAGGGCCGACCUCCUGUUAUGCGUUGA